AUCUUGCGGCGAAAUGUCGGCAUAAAAACUGAAAAUUCCCUGUGCAAUGCUACACUGCGUAUCACUUCGAUUCCUCUCGCAACGUCGAGGAAAACUUCGGUCCCCCCUCCCCUCGCUUGUCACAUCUGACUGCCACAUCUUCCUACUCGGCUUCUGCUUUGAUUUUCCAACUCUCAUCAAAAUUCGGGUUGUCUCCGCUGCCAUAUCAACAUUAUCAACCACCUUGAAGGCGGAACCGUACACCGAACAUGUCCUCCGAGAAACGAUCCGAGGCCGGCGGCCUGGCCCCGACCAGCGCAGAACAGAAGCCAAUCUCCCGGGAAGAGGAUAUCGGCCGAGUUAAUACCAUGACUGCCGACGAUAUGGAUGAAAAGAAACCCAUUGAGGACAUUGGGGAAAGGGACUAUACCGGCGUAGCGAGGAAGGCUGACCCCGAGGAGAUCAAGAUAGUACGGAAGCUAGACUGGCGAGUCAUGGUGAGCUGAAGCAUCUGAAUAAUGAACCUUCUGUACUUCCUCAACUAUGUAG